AUGGCAGCCAAAGCAAGAUUAUUGGCCGAUCAUACGGUACAGAAGAUGAAGCAAAUGAUGUCUGCUGUUACUGCUGCUGAAAAGGGCGCGAAAGAGGGGAUGCGGAUUGUGAUAGGCAAAGAUGACGAGGAGGAUGGGAUUCUCAUGGCUGGGGAACUGAAGAAGAGGGAUGGUGUAAUGAGGAAGAAAUGGAUCGAUGUCUACGUGGAAUUGAGAGAAAACAGUCUUACCUGCUUUCACUCCAAGGAGGACAGACAGAUCCUAGACACUGUCAUGGUUGAUGGUGUAGAGGCCUCGGCCGUGGAUAAGAACGAAGUUUUUGCCAUCAGUAUCAAGAAAGCCAGCAGCAAAGGACCAUCCAUCUUGUCCAAGGAUCUCCUCAUAGGAAGACUCACGCAGAAGCAAGAAGCGUAUCUCAUUGACGGUUGUGUCGUAGAUUGGUACAAGAAGAAGCUGCUGCAAAAGGCGUUACCCUCAAGCCUUCAAAAGUCGGGCAGUCUAGAGAAAAAGUCAGAAGUAGAGGAGAUGGGAUUGGAUAGUGAGAACAGCUGGAACAGCAUGCUCACCGAGGCGAAUCGUCAACUGCGAGAACUUCAAGACGAGCUUAUGAAAGAGAAAGCGAAGACCAAAGCUUUGGAAGAAACGUUGGAGCAAGUAUUGGAUAACGACAAUGCUACAAAUGAUUCACAGCAAGGCCUUCAACAACAAAAUAUCGAGAACAACAACCUAAGGCUUCAAAAUGAUUCCUUAACAGCAAAAAUCUCAGAACUCCAGAAGAUGUGGGAGAGCGAAAAGAACAAAGCAAAAUCCUCUGAAGAUGAAAAUAUAAGGAUUGAUAAAGAAUUACAAGAUCUGAAAGAGAAGCUGAACGAGAAGACUAUUGAGACGGAAUCUUUAAAAAGUCUCCAAGACAAACUCAUUAAUAUCGAAAAGCAGAAGGAUAGCGGGCUGGCGGCCGAGCAGGGUAAGCAGAUGCAGGAGCUAAGCCAGGCGAUCGAGGAGGAGAAGCGACGGCGCGCAGAGGAGGAAGGCAAGGCGCGGGAGCUGGAGGGGAAGGUACGGGAGCUGGAGGGGAAGCUGGAGGCGAAGGAGAAGGAGAGCGGGCUGGCGGCCGAGCAGGGCAAGCAGAUGCAGGAGCUAAGCCAGGCGAUCGAGGAGGAGAAGCGAAGGCGCACAGAGGAGGAAGGCAAGGCACGGGAGCUGGAGGGGAAGGUACGGGAGCUGGAGGGGAAGCUGGAGGCGAAGGAGAAGGAGAGCGGGCUGGCGGCCGAGCAGGGCAAGCAGAUGCAGGAGCUAAGCCAGGCGAUCGAGGAGGAGAAGCGACGGCGCGCAGAGGAGGAAGGCAAGGCGCGGGAGCUGGAGGGGAAGGUACGGGAGCUGGAGGGGAAGCUGGAGGCGAAGGAGAAGGAGAGCGGGCUGGCGGCCGAGCAGGGCAAGCAGAUGCAGGAGCUAAGCCAGGCGAUCGAGGAGGAGAAGCGACGGCGCGCAGAGGAGGAAGGCAAGGCACGGGAGCUGGAGGGGAAGGUACGGGAGCUGGAGGACAAAGAGGCUUUAUCUUCUGAGAAAUGUCGAGCGCUGAGCUCGACGAUUUCUGAGCUGAGCAACAAGUUGGUCGAAACUCAAGCAAACAAAUCGAGCGCUGUGAAUCUUGAGAUGGAGCAGAUUAGCAGGUGUGAGAUGAUUGUGCAUGAUAUGGACUCAGAGCUACAGAACAAUGUCGCCAAGGCAGAGGAGCUUGUAAUUGAGCUAGAAACUUCUCGGAGGUUUGAAGGAGAGUUGCCGACCUCGAGGAGACAUGAUGAGGACUUGAGAGCGAAGUUAGAUGCAGCAGAGGGCAGGGCGAGGGCAUUAGAGAACGAGCUGGAAGCCGUCAAAGGCAUCGCAAAGUCUCUUCGGGAGCAGCUCAAGCGACAUCAGGCGGAGGAAACGAGCAAGGCUGAAGAUCUGCUUCAGUUGAAGAUGGCAGAUACUGAAGCGAUGCGAAUCGCUCAGGUUGCGGCUCUCAUGGCGAAGGAAGGAUGGGAAACGUGA